UGUGCCUAACCUAAAAUUUAACUAAAAUAAUGUUUCAAAUAUUCCGACAUAAACGUUUAAAAAACCUUCUUAAUCUGAGACGGCAUGCAUACAAUCACACAAAAUUCUUCAGUCAAAAGCUAUCAGAUCCCGAGGUAGUAAUUCCUUUUUCUAACGGCCGAAAUUUGAACAUCUCUACGGGUCAAUAUGCUAGACUGGCCGAUGGGUGUGCUUUGGCGACUUUGGGGGACACCAGUGUUAUGGUUACAGUUGUUUCGAAGACUAAACCAUCACCAGCCAAUUUUCUCCCACUGGUGGUGGAUUACAGGCAGAAGUCCGCAGCGGCUGGUCGAAUUCCCACAAACUUUUUGCGUAGAGAACUGGGUCCCUCUGAAAGGGAGAUUUUGACGUCACGACUCAUAGAUAGAAGUCUGAGGCCACUGUUCCCAGAAAACUAUAACUACGAGACACAAGUGGUUUGUAAUAUGCUGGCCGUUGAUGGUGUCAAUAAUCCUGAUGUAAUUUCAAUUAAUGCUGCAUCUGCAGCCUUAAGUCUUAGUGACAUACCUUGGAAUGGUCCUAUUGGAGCUGUAAGAAUGGGAUUUAUUGACAAUGAGUUGAUAAUAAACCCCACCAGAAAGGAACAACAGAUAUCAAAUUUAAAUUUAGUAGUGUCUGCAACAAAAAGAAAUCUUGUUGUGAUGCUUGAAGGCAGUGCAGACAACAUUCUUCAGCAAGAUUUGCUGAAAGCUAUCAAACAAGGCACAAAGGAAGCACAACAUAUAGUAAAUGGCAUUGAGGACCUUCAAAAAACAUUUGGCAAGCCAAAGAGAACUAUGGACACACCAAAUUUUCUUUCAGAGGAAAUAAUUGAAGCUUUGCGUUCCUUGUCGGAAAUGCGUGUAAAAGGCAUCUUCAAAGACUAUUCUCUAGAUAAACUUUCUCGUGAUAAUGCUCUAUCCGACGUUCGGACUGACGUUGUAGAAAAAGUUAAACAAAGUUUUCCAGAUGUUGAUAUUAAUUUACUUAGUGAAGGUUACAAUAAGUUUGUUAAAAAUGUGUUUCGUGAACUGGUGUUUGAAGAAGAAAAAAGGUGCGACGGUAGGGAAUUUGAUGAAUUAAGAAAGAUUUCUUGCAAAGUGAAUUUGUACAAACCUCUACAUGGCUCAGCAGUUUUUCAAAGAGGACAAACUCAAGUCUUUUGUACAGUUACUUUGGACUCCCAUGAAAGUGCAAUGAAAUUGGAUCCUGUAGCGAUGUUAACAAGUGGUGUUAAAGAAAAAAAUUUCUUCUUACACUACGAAUUUCCUCCGUUUGCGACAAAAGAAACGGGAAAAAUUGGACCAAUUGGAAGAAGAGAAAUGGGACAUGGCGCACUUGCGGAAAAAGGUCUAAUUCCAACUGUGCCCAAUGAUUAUCCGUUUACAAUAAGACUGACUUCUGAAGUGUUGGAAUCAAAUGGCUCUAGUUCGAUGGCCAGUAUAUGUGGGGGUAGUUUGGCUCUCAUGGAUGCUGGAGUCCCUGUAUCAGGUCCAGCUGCUGGAGUUGCAAUCGGUUUAAUUACUAAAUACGACAGUGACAAGAAAAAUAUUGCUGAUUAUCGCGUUCUCACAGAUUUAUUGGGCAUUGAAGAUUACAUGGGUGACAUGGACUUCAAAGUAGCGGGCACAAAGAAAGGUUUCACUGCGCUCCAGGCGGACAUUAAAAUUCCUGGUUUGCCCCUUAAAAUCGUUAUGGAGGCGAUAGAAAAGGCGUCGGAAGCUAAGAAAACUAUCCUCGGAAUCAUGCACGAUUGUAUCGAUAAACCUAGGAGCGAGAAAAAAGAGAACUGGCCUGUAUGUCAGAAGCUUGAGGUGGAGGCCCACAAAAGGGCCAGACUGUUGGGUGUUGGAGGAACGAAUUUGAAGAAAUUAUUCGCCGAGACAGGUGUUCAGGUUUCGCAGGUGGACGACACAACCUUCCAAAUAUUUGCGCCCAGUCAAAACGCAAUGGACGAGGCGGAGGAAAUCAUCACCAAAUGGUUGAAUACCGAAAGAGCUCCGGACUUGGAAUUCGGUGGUAUAUAUCCUGCUAAAAUCGUUGAACUCAGGGACAUUGGUGUCAUGGUGACACUUUAUCCAGGAAUGCCACCGGCAUUACUUCAUAAUUCUCAGUUAGACCAAAGAAAGGUGGCCCAUCCUUCCGCUCUGGGUCUGGAAAUAGGCCAAGAAUUACAAGUGAAAUAUUUCGGCAGGGAUCCAGUUUCGGGAUUAAUGAGGCUUUCAAGGAAAGUUCUGCAGAGAUAGCGGUUUACGUAACAUCACAUCCCUUUAAUUUUAUGUACAGUUUUCUUUUGUUUUAUUUUAUUAAUAAAUUUUACAAAACAA